CCAGUAUGAAGGAACAGUUCCUCCUCGGGCGGCGGCAGCAGCAGCAGCAGCAGCAGCAGCAGCAGCAGCAGCAGCAGCAGCAGCAGCAUCUACCGCCUUUAGUGAUGAGUCGUCGACAUCUUCCGACUUUGCGAAGCCUAUUCAACCCAGCUUGAAACAAGAUCCAUUUUCGGAUGAACAGCAAAUCUAUUCGCCCUCCAUCGUUCCCACAAUUCACACUCACCGGCCGCGCGGAAGCAACGGGACAAAUUAUGCGUCAAGCCUUGACACGACUCGACUGCCUCAUCCACAGCCAGUUGAUUACAUUCAUCAAUCAUCUGAUCGAACACGACAUUCGUUUGAGAGGGUACAACAUGGUUUUGGAGUGACCAACGACUAUUCAGCAGGAGACCUGACAAGAGAGUCAUCCUUUGCUGGUGCCCAAGAACCGCAUAGCCCUCUCCAUGGUGCUCACGACCCUCCUUUCCAUGCCAUAUAAUCCCGUCUCUUAUCUUACAGCGUACAUAGCUCGAUAUCUUCCGCGCCUUUCGUUCUUAAAUCCCUCUUUUGCCCAAUGUUUCCCUUGACGAAAACCCUGUCUCCUUUUUCUGUCCAUGCAAUCAAUCUGUUACCCAUUUCUGUUUGACGAGCAAAUUCCCAUAUUCCCCGAUAGAAGGCGUUCGGUUCGGAAUUGGAUGGAGGUCCGGCGCAAAUGUGUCUUUUUAUCUUGUUUUAUAACUUUUGCAUUGCUUUCAUCAGCGCCUGGGGUCACCCCCAGUUCUAUCGUUCUACUUACACUGAAGGCCCUAUGUGAUGACAAUAGGCCUGAAAGUCUUCACACAAUCCCUUUCCUUCUAAUUCCUGUACAAAGCCUUUUUCACCAAAUGCGCAUUCACUCAAGGAACUUUCCUCUUUUAUCCCUUCUGUUCAAUUGAUUUCGAGCAUCUCCGCAUAUGUUUCUCUUGGAUUGGUACUAGUACUUCGGAGCCGGCACGUGGAAACGAAUCAUAUGCGGGGUGGAGGUUAUGGGUCUUAUGUAUUCUACUGAAGAGCUCAAUGAGUACUGCUGAUACGGGUAUCACUUCCGUAAGUCUGCUUUGUAUCCACCUUGAUAUUGGUGAGUGUGUGUAGAUUUAACAUCGCUCCUGGAGCUG